GUUACAUUCUCAAUAACCUAGUGCAGAAUGAUCGAUAUAGAAACUCCGUCAAAUUGUGUUUUAUCGGUAACUUGCGGUGUGCGAUCGCUAAAAUUUGGACCCCCGGCUGUCCACCCUCCUGGCCUCUCCCCCGUCUCGUCCCUCCUCCUUCGCCCGGUGUACCAUAGCCCAUUGACGGCGAACAACUAGAGCACGCCAAAAUGAGUCAGGAUCCAGCAGAGCAGAAUAUCCACAUGUGGAAAAUCAAGAAGCUCAUCAAGAGCCUUGAUGCCGCUAGAGGAGCUGGUACCUCUAUGAUCAGUCUGAUCGUCCCACCAAAGGACCAAAUCUCCCGUGUAUCGGCGAUGUUGACGCAGGAAUACGGUACCGCCUCGAACAUCAAGUCGCGAGUCAACAGAUUAUCUGUGCUUGCAGCCAUCACGAGUACCCAGCAGCGUCUCAAGCUGUACAACCGAGUACCUCCAAAUGGUCUCGUGCUCUUCGUUGGCACCAUUCUGACGGACGAGGGAAAGGAGAAGAAAGUGUCCUUUGACUUUGAGCCUCACAAGCCCAUCAACACAUCGCUCUACCUUUGUGACAACAAGUUCCACACCGAGGCCCUCCAGGAGCUGCUUGAGUCCGACUCAAAAUUCGGUUUCAUCGUCAUGGACGGAAACGGCACGCUCUUCGGCACUGUGGCGGGCAACACUCGCGAGGUCAUCCACAAGUUCACCGUCGACCUCCCAAAGAAGCACGGCCGUGGUGGACAGUCCGCGCUGCGUUUCGCGCGUCUGCGUGAUGAGAAGCGGCACAACUACGUCCGCAAGGUCGCCGAGCACGCCGUGCAGCACUUCAUCACCAACGACAAGGUCAACGUGACCGGCCUCGUCCUCGCGGGAAGCGCGGACUUCAAGACGGAGCUCAGCCUGAGUGACAUGUUCGACCCGCGGUUGGCAUCGAAGGUCAUCAAGGUUGUCGAUGUCAGCUACGGUGGUGAGAACGGGUUCAACCAGGCUAUCGAACUUGCUGCCGAGUCCCUUGCGAACGUCAAGUUCGUACAGGAGAAGAGGCUUAUCCAGAAAUACUUCGAUGAGAUUAGCCAGGACACGGGCAAGUACUGCUUCGGUGUAGAUGACACGCUCAAGGCCCUCGAUCUCGGCGCCGUCGAGACCCUCAUCGUCUGGGAGAACCUGGACAUUACUCGCUACGUCCUCCGAAACGCCGCUGGUGAGGAGAUCAUCGUCCACGCGAACAAGGAGCAAGAGAAGGACCGCGAAAAGUUCUUCGACAAGUCCACGAACCUGGAGAUGGAGCAGGUGUGCGAGCCGCAGUCGCUGCUCGAGUGGUUCGCGGACAAGUACCGCGAGUUCGGCGCCAACCUCGAGUUCGUCACGAAUCGCUCGCAGGAGGGCGCCCAGUUCGUCAAGGGCUUCGGUGGCAUCGGCGGCCUCCUCCGGUACAAGGUCGAUUUCACGAACCUCCAGACAAUCGACGACCAGGAUGAGGACGAGUUUAUGAGCGACGACGAGGAUCUCUGACUUUUGUGGUGGCUCCUUGGAGGAGCCCCGCCUGGCUGGGGCACGCCGGGUGGGGCGGAGGGUAGCGGCGUGUGGCGUCAGGGUGCAGGUCUGGUCGAGGAAACGCGGGUUGCGGUGGCGAGGGCAGAAGCUCCAGACAAGCGAGGUGAGGUGCGGGGCGCAGUUGGUGUCCAAUCGCGGACGAAGAAGAAUGGCGUCCAGAGCAGCACGACAGUCGCGCUCGGAUCGUCGUAUCAGCAAGUGAAGUCGAUAUACGCGCAGAGACUUUACCAGUCUCUCCAUUCGUCAAGAAAUUGUUU